GCGUGGACACCACCUGGCCAAGUUCGUAACUGGUUCUUAUAAAGUACGUUUAUCUUGCAUACAACAUGUGGAUCUCGUGCCUCGCGAUUGUUCUUUUCGUUGCGUUAGGUUCAGUUUUCCACCCUUGCGCUGGAUCGCUGCCAAGGAGUAACACCACAAGAUUGACUCUAAAAGAUGAAGAUCUUGCACCCGACUUGAACUUCGCCGAGUUCAAAGAACGUUACCGCAGGCUUAUACCAUACAUGAACUACUACUUACAUAGCAAUAAUGUAGAAAAUCAAUCACUAAGGCAAGAAAAUUAUGCAAAAAUGGUGGAUAGACCUCUGAGAAGACCUAACUACUUUAGACCAAAUAUAGAUCUGAGGCAAGAUACCAGAUACCAAGCGAAUAUAAAGAAUGAAGAAAAAUUUAUACCUUCUGUUCAAUACAAUCCUGAAGAAUUAGGUCCCGACAACGAAUACUUCACCCCAGUACGUUAUGGAAUGAAACUUAAUCAGAAGAAUUUUCCUCAAUAUGCAACACAGCAAGCAACUAGGCCAGUUUAUUCCAGACAAGAAGCUGAAACUGUAAUUCCUGAUAGUCGAUUUUUCGUGACGGAGAGACCUUAUCGAUUCCAUAAUUCUCCAGAAGGGGAUUAUGUUCCUCAUAAGGAAGUAGUGAAGACGGCUCCACCAAAAAUUCAGGACGAUUAUCUCCUCGAUUACGAAGACCUUCUAAGUGGAAAGUUGCCAACGCCUGCAACUGAUUACAACCAAUCACGAGAGGAAUUUGAAUCCUUUCGGUACAUCACUCCCAAUCCCGGUAGAAUAGAAUAUGUCAGAGUUUCCAAACCUUCAAUUUCCAGGCCAAUUGCCGUCAACAAUCCUGCUCUGCAAAUUCCUGCAUCUCAACUACACCAUAUAGUAAAGAGUUUGCAACUGACUAAUCGAUUACCAGAAAUGCUCAACAAGGAUAAUCUCGACAGUAGUAUAAGAACUCUUGUCGAAAUACUCAAUAUUUUGCACAAUGCGAAGAAUCAAAAACUUCAUCAAGUUAGACUUCCAAAACCUGUUAAACUGGGACAAUAUUAUGACUUAAAUGAAGAAUUCGUAAGACCAGAUAUUGUGCAAACUAAUUAUCAUGUCAUGCCAAACAGCAUUGACAGACCCGAAGGAUUCGUAAAAAUAAAACCAAUGAGACCAAUAAAUCGAGUGAUUCCAUAUACGAAAACUGUCAAGGUAAAACCUGUAUUAACCUAUAGUGGAAAUAAUCUGAAGACUGAAAAAGUAAUCGAUUAUUAUGUUCCUAAAGUUCAGGAUGUAGAUACAGGAAACAAAGAAACAUUCCAGCAGGUCGUAACGCCGCAAAGCAUAUACAAUUCUGGGGAGCACCCUUACAAAGUUAAUCUUGAUUCUGAUGAUAUUUUAGAAGAUGAGAGGUUAACACUGCCAAUUAGUACGGAGAAACCAACACAUAAUUAUCAUGCGCCGGAUGGUGUUUCCACACAUUCGCAGAAUAUUCCUCCGUCUUUGAAGUAUGGAGCUACAAGGGGAAAACCACAUGUGGAUUAUCCAGCUUAUUCCUCCAUACCCCCAACGGAUUUCAGUUGCAAAGAGCAGAGAUAUAAGGGAUUCUUUGGUGACCCUGCCGCAAGAUGUCAGGUUUGGCAUUAUUGUGAUUUGAACGGUGGAAAGUCUUCAUUCCUGUGCCCGAAUGGUACGAUUUUUAACCAGGUGGCACUGACGUGCGAUUGGUGGUUCAAUGUGAAAUGUGAAUCUACCACUCAACUCUAUGUAUUAAACGAGCGACUUUACAAAUACAUUUUGCCAAUAAUGCCCAAGUUUCCCGAAGAUUUCACCGGACCGGAAGUAGACAGGUACUUGGAGCUCAAAUUCAAAGAAAUGGAAGAAAAGCUGGAGGAAAAGAAAUUAAAAAAACUUCAAGAAGAAAAAGAGAAAGCGAAGAAGGAAAAUAAUAAAAUCGAAACACCAGACGAGAAUGCCAGCGAAUAACGUGCCUCACAUUCAAUUAGACUUUUCUAUAAAAUGUGUAACUAAGUAAUUUGUGUAGUGAUAGUUACACAAGACGAGCAGCCAUUACUGCAAACUAAAAGCAAGAACUUGCAACUUUUAAAUGAUUAAAACCAGUGAUUUAAAAACAAUUUUAUACUGAAUACGAAACAUAUAAAUAACACGAGAGUUUCCCUUGCAUUUCUAGUCAUAUUUUUACACAAUAUAGUAGUUACUUAUAAAAGACUGCGAUUCAUUUCUCCUUCACAGAGAUACAUACUUUUCGAAGCAGUUCAAAUUUUGAGGAAGCGAUAAUGGUGGUGAAGAGGUAAUUUUAGUUUGGCGUAUGAUUAAAUUAUAAGUAAAGAUGUUUUAAUAUUGAUAUUAUUGAUAUACGAAAAAAGAUCAUGUUGCCUGUUUCAUUACGGAGGUGUGAGUCGUAUCGGAUUUUUAAAAUGUGGAUCCAUACCGAACGUGACUGAACAGACAAUUCUGCUUUGCGUGCAUGUAAAUAACAUUUUUUAAUUUUGUACUUUUGUUAUGAAGAUGUUUGAAUAAAUGUAUUUAUUCAUUUUUUGAUAUACCAACCGUCUAUAAUAAUUAAUAAUAAUGAAUUAGAUUAAAUGUUACCAGCAGUAUUUUUGUUCACAGAAUAAUAAAUCUAAGUACUGGCGAUGCAAACAUCGCAAGAAAAGGGCAAUAAUAUAGAUUUGUUUCGAGAUGAUCCAGAACACUUUUCAAAUAAUUAAUGUCCAUUGUAACUAAAUUUGUAUAUUUUUAAUUUAACGAAUGAGGAAUUUCAAUUUUAACGCAAACAUUGUGAAGAAUAUACACGGUUUCAGAGUCUCUACCAGA